AUGGAUUCGACUGAAAAUCACGGGAAAUAUGUAGGCUCAACUUCACCAACACAGGGCGAUGAUGCUGAAAAUGAGCAUUUGGACGACUCAGAAGAAUGGCAAUUGCUCGAACCUCUUUGUGACAUUUCUGAAUCGGUAAAACGGAAGUUUAGCCAGUUAGAUCCCUUAGAUAAUAGAAAUUAUCAGCAAUUCGAGCCUGAUCCUCGUUCGUCGCGCUUAUCCGAAGGAAAUCGAGGGCUGAUGCAUCGAUGGCAGCAGGUUGCGGCAUGGUGUGUGAAGCAUCCAGAUGAUCCGUGGGUAAAAUUCCAUUUUGACCAAUUACCUGUGAGGGAUUGUAAACGUCAUCGUUAUUCAUGUAUACAACAGUGCUGGACCGUUGAUGAUGUGCAAGUGAAAUUGCACCCGGAGCCUUUCGCUCGAGGCGCAAUGCGCGAGUGUUAUCGCUUGAAAAAGCUAGGAUCGCGUGGUAAAAAUGACGACUGGGACCAUGCACAGAACUAUGUUGCUAAAAAAUAUAUAAGAAGUGUUGAUAAAGAAGUUUUGUUUGAAGACGUGAAGCUACAAAUGGAUAGCAAACUUUGGGCUGAGGAAUUUAAUCGUCAUCAUCCACCCAAAAAGAUUGACAUUUUUCAAGUAUGCAUUUUGGAAUUUCUUGAUGAAAGUGAACAUGCAUUUUAUCAUCUUGAACGUUUCAUAGAAGGCGAGUAUAUUAAGUACAACUCCAACUCUGGCUUUGUAUCAGAUAUUUGUCGACAGACGCCUCAGGCAUUCAGUCACUUUACAUUUGAACGUAGUGGACAUCAAUUGAUUGUUGUCGAUAUUCAAGGAGUGGGAGAUUUGUAUACCGAUCCGCAAAUACAUACCGCAACUGGAGAAGGUUAUGGUAAUGGAAAUCUUGGUACGAAGGGAAUGGCAUUGUUUUUCCAUUCCCAUUUGUGCAAUGACAUCUGCCGAUCAAUGUGCUUGACAGAGUUCGAUCUUGCUGCAAGCGAAAGAAAUGCCCUUAAGGGAGGUGAUAAUGUGGAGAGGAAUUGGACUUCAAUGACUAGAAGUAGCAGUAACAGACCAGCAAGUAUUUGUUCGUCUCUUGUUGAAGAAAAUGGUAAUGCUAUGGAAGAGCUGCGGCGCAGAACAGUGUCAGUAAACAGCUCGGGAAGACGUUCUUCAGCAUCUUCGUUUUGUGAUGAGCAUAGCACUGAUACGCAGCAUUCUGAUGUACGAUUUUAUAGCGAUUACUUUGAACAAAUUGUGCAUGACUCUGAUAAGCCUAUGGCUAAAACACGAUUCACCAGUUCAUGUUCCUCAAAUUUAUUCGAUUUAACUGAUAGCGAGGUGAAAGAACGAAUGCACCACGAUUCUCAGUUCGAAAGUUUGAGUAGCUGCAGUUCGAGAAUGACUCGACAUAUUACCCAGGAAGCAGAAAGAGAAGCUUAUUGGUUGGAAAAACGCAAAUUUUCACGACCGGCAGGGCUGUUAUCAGAAUCGCAAAUCAAACAACUUUCUGAAUUUUCGCAAAAACUUCAUGGUAUGAAUUGCAUCCUUGGCCAGAUACAUUUGGAUCUUGCGCGUUAUCAUGAAUUGGGACAGUUCGUUGAUAAAUCGCCUUUUGUUUGUUCCGAGAAAGAAAAUAUUUAUUCAGCAAAAGAACAGAGAAACAAAAGAAAUGCAGGAAAUUAUAUUAGUUACGACAAGGAUGCAGCAUUUUAUCAUCUUGACAUUGCUCGACGCUGUGGUGUUCUUGAAGCGAUAAUUACCAUGGCUAAAAUGGCUUUUGGUCACCCUCACGAGCUGCUGAAAGAGGUAGUUUGCGAAGAAGUAUGGGAAAAUGACGAUCUGGAAGGGACUGGUUUUGAGCUGAUGGAAUGUGCUGCAGAUAUGGGUGAUCAGUCCGCCGUCAUUUUCGUAGCACAAGCGUAUGAAACGGGUCGUUUUCUAGGGCCAAUGAAAAAACCCUCAUGGCCAAAAGCUAUUGCAUGGUAUGAGAAAGCUUUGAAUUUUCUUCAAAAUUCAGAAACAAAUGAAAACGAAACGCCUCAUGAAGGAGUCCGUCCUCGUUAUGAGUUGUUGGAGAGAAUGGCAGUAAUGUAUAAAGAAGGUGGAUAUGGUCUAUUACAGGAUUUAACGAAAGCGUAUGAUUUGUAUACUGAAGCAGCUAUGUCAGCAACAGAAGCUAUGCAAGGGAAGUUGGCCAAUAAAUAUUAUGAAUUGGCAGAACAAUGUGUGUAA